AUCUCUAUAAAUUCCAAUCCCAACCUCCCAAACACUCCACACAGCACAAACAACGUUCCAAACACUUGAAUUUUUCUGUUUUCAGAUCCAAUGGUUGAGAGCAUACAUAUCUUGAGCACCUGGAAGAGCCUUUUUGGGCACAGGGUCCAAAUUGCACUGGCUGAGAAGGGCGUGGAAUUCGAAUACACGAAAGAGGAUCUUUCUAACAAGAGCCCACUCCUCCUCCAAUCCAAUCCCGUCCACAAGAAGAUCCCUGUCCUGAUCCACAACGGAAGGCCCAUCUGCGAAUCCCUUAUCAUCGUCGAAUACAUCGAUGAGGUAUGGACGGACAGAUCACCGUUUUUGCCCAAAGAUCCUUACCAACGGGCCAACGCCAGGUUUUGGGCUGACUACGUAGACAAGAAGGUAUAUCCAAGUUGGGUAGGAAUAUUGAGGAGCACAGGUGAAGCCAGGGAAGCAGCAAGGAAAGAAUUUAUAGAGUGUUUGAAAUUGUUGGAAGGAGAGCUAAAAGACAAGCCAUUUUUCGGGGGUGAUACCUUUGGAUUUUUGGAUAUUGCCCUCAUUACCUUUUCGGGUUGGUUUUACGUUUACAAGAUAGAUGGAUAUUUCAAUGUGGAGGAGGAAUGCCCAACGCUGAUGAGGUGGGUGAGGAGGUGCAGGGAGAGGGAGAGUGUCUCGAAGAUGCUUCCAGAAACAAGCAAGUUGUAUGAUUUUAUGGUGUCCACGAGGAAGAAACUUGAGACCUAAUAGGAAUGGAAGAUUAAAAAGAGAGUAGAUGGAUUUUAUAAAAUAGUGUUUGAAAUAGAUACUUGUUUUUCGUUCUGUUUUUGGUUAUACUUGUUUUGUUUCGGUGUCAUUCCAUAUACUAUUAAAUAAUUGCAGUUUAGAUUUUAGCAAUGAAAAUUUGUAUUUUGCCAUGUUUAGAAUCUAUUAUACUUGCAUUUAGCAAAAUGUCGUCCACAAAAAUGGUCAUUGAUCUCAAUUCAACUCUUAGCUCCAUUUGGCUUGCUUUCCAUA